AUGAAUCAGUUAUUUAUAGUUAUAAUUAAUUUAUUACUAAUUGCUAAUUCUUUUGGUGAAUUAGUUGUGCAAAACAAACAAAAUAAUGAAAAGGCUGUCGGAGAUAAAGUUAAAGUCACUAUAUUUUACGAUAACUUAAAUCGAGUGAAUCGUAAAUUUUUUAUUGAAGAGUUUUGGCCAGUUUUUAAUGAUUUGUGGCCAAUAGUCGAUCUCGAGUUAGUUCCGUACGGCAACACUAUUAAAGAUGGCGAUGACUUUAAAUGUCAUUUUGGAGAAAAACAAUGUUUGGCAAACAAAGUUCAAUCAUGUGCCAUUGGAAUUGUAAUCAAUGAAGAAGAUCUUUCGGAUGAAAAGCGUAAAGGUUUGGCUAAACUCGUGUACUGUAUGUUCAAGAAUAGAGAAAUGCUUAAAAUUGAAGAGUUGUCCACAAAUUGUGUCAAUCAAAAUCUUAACGAUAAAUGGAUUUCUAUCAAUCAAUGCAUUAUUAAUAAAGACUAUAAACUAUAUUUUAACCAAAACAAAGAAAAAACUGAUAAAAUUGUUAAUCAAUUAAUAAAUGGUUUGGCCGUUCAAAUUGGAAAUGAAAUUAAAUCUGAAUAUACAUCAGAUUUAGUUAAAGCCAUUUGCAGUGCAUAUGAACCAUCAUUAGAAAAACCUAAACCUAAAGUUUGUGAAGUUCCUAAAGUACCCAAAAUUCAGUUUGUUUUAUAUUAUGAGACACUCAAUAUCAAUGCUCGCAAUUAUUUUGAUCAUCAAUUGCAACCAUAUUAUCACAUACUUGAAGAUAUUGUAGACAUUGAUUUGGUUCCGUACGGAAACACUAAAUACAAUGAAUCGACUGAUAAUAAGUAUAGCUGUGAUUCAAAGAAUCAAUGCGUUGCCAAUAAAAUUCAUGCUCUUGUAAUCACUGAUUAUUUGAUUGAUCCUCCAAAUGGUCAAGAAAUUGAUGGCGCUAUUCGUGCCAUAAAUUUUAUAGAUUGUAUGCAAACCAACAAACAGUGGCAAAACAUAUACAUAUCCGGCGAACAGUGCGCUAAAAAUUAUUUGCCAAUCAAUACGUGGACUCAACUUUUGCAGAGAGCUUUGGGACCCGACGGCGAUAAAGCCUAUGAAACAAUGAAAAAUAAGACAAACAUUUUAAAAGAUAAACCAAAUGAUAGUUUACCCCGCAUUCCGAUGGCUACUAUUAAUGGAGAAAAAAACAUUCAAUCGGUUAAUGAUUUUGUUCAACAAAUCUGCACUAAUUAUAAUUCCAUUAAAAAGCCGGCGGUUUGCACCCGACUUGAUGUAGUUGUUUAUUAUGAGUCACUUCAUCAUAAGUCUAGAAGAUUUUUAAUUGAACAAUUAAAACCUACAUUCAAUGUGUUUCAAAAUUUAAUUAAUUUGAAACUAAUACCGUCCGGUACUACCAAAAUAAAACCACCUCACGAUCUAAACUGUACUUACGGUAUAUCACAAUGCAAUGGCAAUAAAAUUCAGGCCUGUAUUAUUGAUGACUAUUGGAUAAAUAAUGAGUCGGAUUUGGAUCAUCCUAUGAGACAAGAGGUCAUGGAUUUUAUCUAUUGUUUCGCAAAGAACAAACAGGCCGUUCCAGUCUUAACUGCUGGCGAACAGUGCUCUGAGACAACCAUUCAAGUGAAUCCUAGACCUAACAUAAAUGAUUGCGUCAUUAAUAGAGGAAAUGAUAUACUAAUGAAGUUUAUUAACGAAACUCAAAAUUCUGGAUUAGCCAUCACUCAACUAACUCUUCCCGUCAUUACUAUCAAUAAUGUUAAGAGAGAUGACGCCAAACAAGAUCUCUUGAAAGUGCUGUGCGAACACUUCGAUGAAGAUGUAGUCCAUAGACCAGAUCUUUGUGAUGUAGGAAAAGCGUCUAAAAUUAAUAUAUCCGUCUAUUAUGAGUCAAUGAGUCUAUUAUCCAAAACAUUUUUUACUAAACAAUUUGGACCAAAUUUUAAACAUAUUGAAGAAAUGGUUAACAUUGAAAUAGUUCCCAAUGGCAAUGUAAAAGAUGGCAUUCAAUUUGAUGGUAAAUGUGCCACAAGACAAUCUGCUUGUAUGGCUAAUAAAAUUCAAGCUAUUGUUGAAGAUCUCUAUUGGUUAAGUGAUUAUAAUGGCGAUCAAAUUGAUGGCAGUAUAAGAACUGUAAAUUUUUUGAAGUGUGUAUUUAGUCAUCCGGAGUGGAAAAGUGAUAACUAUAUUAAAGUCGGCGAAUUCUGUGCCGAUAAUUAUCUGCCACUUGAUAUGUGGACAGAGAUUAAUAUUGAGCUCAAUAUGGCUUUGGGUGACACUAAAUAUAUGAAAGUUCAGCAAAAGACACAACAGAUUAAAGACAAAUUGGGUGUUCAGACACUACAACCCAUUCCUUACGUUACACUUAAUGGCAAACAUAGUUUGAGAACAGCCAACGAUUUACUACAAACUGUUUGCGCUGAAUAUAAGGGAGAAAAACCAUUGGAAUGUGAAUCAGUUAUGAUUGAGAUAUAUUACGAGACACUUAACCCUCAAACCAGGAAAUUCUUUUUACAACAAUUGCGGUACACUUUUGAAGACAUUCGGGAAUCGUUUACUUUGCAUCUGAUUCCAUACGGAAGAACCAAUUCGAGUGUAGAUGAAAGUGGAAAUACUGUUUUUGAUUGUCUCGGUGGUCCUCAACAGUGUUUGGGUAACAAAAUUCAGGGCUGUGCGAUCAGUCGAUUCUUGCACUCAGAUGAGAACCCAGAGUCCACUGAAUACGAUGGCAAGAAUCAAACACUUUUGCUUAUUCAUUGUAUGUUCAAGAAUGUGGACAAUCAAGAGAUUGCAAUUGUAGCUAAAGAAUGUGCUGACAAAUACUUUAUAGGAGACGUCUGGAAUGAUAUAUAUACCUGUGCUCUAAGUGAAGAAGGCGACCAAAUAAUGAAAGCAAUGGAAACCAAAACAAAGAACUUAAAGGAUCCGUUACAACACACGCCUUGGAUUAUCAUUAAUGGUGAGCGCAGUCCUACCGCUCAGACACAACUUCAUCAAUUGAUUUGCUCUAAAGUUUUGGGUGAUAUACCCGAGUCAUGUGAAACUCCGAGACCAGAAAAAGUCAAAAUUGACUUUCAUUACCAAACUGGAGAUUUGGCGGUUAAAAACUUUGUCGUCAAUGAAUUGUAUCCAUCGUAUAGAGAUAUUGAGGAGAUAUUUGAAUUAGAAAUUAUACCAUUUGGACGAACAGAGGUUUAUAAAGGAAAAGAUGAUAAUUACACAUUCAUUUGUCCCAAUGGUAAUCAAGAAUGUAAUGGCAAUAAAAUACAUGCAUGUAUAUAUGAGCUGUUUUGGCACAAUGACGACGAUCCCAUUAGUGAUAAUUUGGCUUAUGAUGGAAAGUUACAAACAUUAGAGUUUAUCAAUUGUUAUUUUAACAGUCAGUAUUGGCCAAUGGAUUCAUUUAAGGCAUCAAAAACAUGUGUCGACAAUAAUUUUGCUGCAAAUAGUUGGCAUAAAAUAGUUAAAUGCGUUGAAGAGGCUGACUCUGUCUUUGCUAAACUWGCAAACAGAGUGUCCGCACUGUCGCCUCCACUUAGGUAUACUCCUUGGRUUAUUGUCAAUGGAAAGCACAGUAAGGCAUCGGAAAUACAUUUGACUCGAUCUGUUUGCGAUACAUUUGAAGGAAAUGUGAAACCCUGGGCUUGUGAUGCACCGAUACCACCAAUAACUAAGAUAAACAUACAAUUACAUUACGAACCAUUGAAUUCAAAUUUGAAAAAUUUUAUUUUCACACAAUUUGAUCACUUGAAGACACAUUUGGAUGAAUUGGCAGUUUUGGAUAUUAUUCCCUUUGGCACAGCUGUCAAAAAUGAUGACAACACGUUUCAAUGCCCGGGAAAUGAUGAUUGCCAUACAUAUAAACAUCAUGCCUGUGUUAUGAAUUUAUUUUUGCAAAUCAAACCGAUAGAAACAUUAAAUUUCUUGGUUUGUACUUUUGGUGAUAAUAUGAAUAAUGUACCGAAAGUGACUCAAGACUGUGCCAAUCGAUAUUUUACUGAUCAAUGGAUGGACAUUGAUAUCUGUGCCCGAAAUAAAGGCAAUCAACUUCUUGCAGAGUUAGCCGACAAAGUCUUAUCAUUGAAUCCAAAGUUAACUCACGUGCCAUGGAUUCUGAUAGAAGGAGAACAUAAUAUGGAUGCGGAAGAAAAUUUGAUACAAGAAAUAUGUGAUAUCUAUUAUCCGUCUGACAAACCUUCCGUAUGUAUACCAGAAUUACUAUCGGUUGCCAUUAACUAUCAAACAUUGGACACAUCUGUUGCUGAUUUUUUCAACAAUCAGCUCAAAGAAUAUCUACAAUAUGUCAAUGAAUUGGCUUUCAUUGAAUUUCUGCCAUUUGGUCUCACAGAACGAGUUGGAAGUGAACUCAAAUGCAGUCAAGAGGUUCAGUGCAAAGCCAACAAAGUUCAUGCAUGUGUUUUUCAUAAUUUCUAUGAGAAACAAAAUCAUAGCAAUGAGUUAGACUUAGAGGACAGUAGAUAUCGAACUCUGGAAUUCUUGAACUGUACUUUUGAUAAAAACAGUGACAAUCCUGUAAAUGAUGGACAGAAUUGUGUUCAGGAAAAGAUUGGUGAUUACUGGACAAGUUUGAUAGAUCCCUGUGCUAAUGGACCGGAUGGUAGUAAAUAUUAUGAACAAUUAGCUACAAAAACGGCAAAACUAGACCCACCAUUAACCAAAGUGCCCUGGGUUACCAUUAACAAUAAAUAUACAAUCGAGGCUGAAACCAGUUUAAUUCAUGUUAUAUGCGAUUCAUAUCCUUUUGCACGACCGGCUGUAUGUUCAUCACUGGGUAGAGAUCAGGUAGAUCUCGGCGUUUAUUAUUCAAGUAACGAUGCGAUCAGAGAAUGGGUGGUCAACCAAUUGACACAAUUUUAUACCGACUCAACGCCCACUCGCAUCAAAUCAUUAGAGCAGAUCGUGAGCACAGUAUUUAUACCUUGGGGUCAAACCAUUUAUAAUGAGGCGGAUAAUGAAAAUCCUUUUAUCUGUAACACUCAUAAUGAAUGCUUUGCCAACAGAAUUCAAGCUUGUAUUAUAGACCGACACGAGAAUCAACCAAAAGGAUUGCAACGCAUAACUGAGUUUAUCAUAUGUUUCUUCAGUAAAGGAGAUCUAUGGAAAACAAAUCCGGGUGAAGUCGGCAAUCAAUGUGCAAAUAUUAUAUUGGGAAUCGAUCCCUGGCCUACCAUAUUGUCCUGUGCUCGGGGCAACAAACCGGCAGAUAUUUAUGCUUAUCUUAAAAUGAGAGACAGAAACACUAGAAUCAAUCCAACUAAAUAUCCGUGGAUCACUGUUAAGGGCGACAACAGUAACAAUGCUGUAACUAAUCUGUUAGAUACGGUUUGCUCCAGUUAUUCGGGUAUUUUACCAGAUAGAUGUACCAAACCUACUCCCCCACCACCACCACCACCACCACCAUCUACAACACCUAUUAGUAUUACUACACCACCAGUUCCAACCACAACAGACAGUGCUAUUAGUGUGACCAUGGCCAAUUGCUUUAUUAUAAUUAUGUCACUAUUUUUGUUUGUCAUGAUAAGCACUUAA